UUUGAUGUAUGCGACGGCCCACAAGUUAAACGUUGUUUAUUACGUUCACGUACGUUGCGUUUCGUCAGGCUAAUAUUGGCAAAUAGAAUGUUUUAAUAUAAAUAGAUAGAUAAAUCUACAACCGGGCCAUAUUUUCUGUUCUGAAUAUUUUGAAAAAGGGCGCUUGAUUAUUUUCACGUCGGUGGGAACAAUGGCUAUAAUGUUCUGCUUCUGCCUGCUGGUGCCUGUAGUCCUGGCCAUUGAAACUUCAGAUGUUCCACAAAAACUCAAGCCAAAAGGUGUAACAAAUGUUGUCGAAACACAUCUUAAAGACAUCCCUUCAGCAGAAAUAAGAAAACAUUUUCUUCGAGGGGAUGACAAAAACAAAAUUACCCUGUCAGAGAAGAGAGUGAAUUUACCUGAAAUAAUAGAAAUAAAACCGCUAGUAAACACAGUUAAAGCUGAGCCUGUAAAUUCAAAACCAGACAAAAAUAAGUCAAAAAUAAAGAAAUGGCGGUCGAAGCUUGCAAGAAAACAAAAGAAAGCCCUGAGAAAGAAGAACAAAUUAAGACUGAAAAGGUUGAGGAAACAACAGAAUGACCGAAAGAAACAGAUGCAAAAAAGGAAGAAAUUGAUAAAGAAAGGAAAGAAGCAAAUGAGGAACAUUCAAUCAAAUAAACUUUCGGAAGUAAUUGAUCGUAUUUUGUCUUAUCACAGAAAAGUAGAAGGUUCUAAACUAUCAACAAAACACAUUCAACAACAAAUUAUUGAUCUCAUUAACGCUCACAAAGAAAUAAGUAAAGUGAUUAAACCUACCAAGGACUGUCCAAAACCUAAGAUCGGUAAAAGAAAAGACAGAACACGUCUGAGAAGCCUUAACAGAAACAAAACGCAAAGAAAACAACCAAGAAAAGUUGUUGCCCUUAAAGGUAGACAGAGAGUAUCUGUAAACAGAGGUCGAGGACAAGGAAAGGGAGUUUCGAGAAAGAGAGGAAAGAAUGUUAUAAACAAAGGCGGGCGUUCGAGGACAUAUGCAACUAAAGGAAAGAAAGGGGAAUUCAAGCCAAAAGUCACCGUCAGAAUUGGGAACAAGGAAAAGUCGAGGAGAAAUAAAAAGAAAGCCUUUAAAAAUACAGUUUCUACAGAUAAUUAAAUAACUUUGCAUUGCACAAAAAUAUGUCGUAGCUCACCAGAUAUGUAAAUAUUCUAGAACAUAUAUAGUUUAGUUGUUUUUAUUGUAUAAAUAUAAUAAGGGCGACAUUGAUAAACAAAGGCUAUGUACUACCGCCAUCUAGGAGCGUUACAGGAUGGCCGAGGAAUGGCAUGAUACUGGAUGAUAUAUCUCGGUAAACAGACAUAACAUAAUAAAAUCACAACAGGCUAAAAAUCCUCAUCAUACUUUUACCUAAAUAAUGAUGAUGCUGAUUCAACGUAUAUGUAAACAUUUUUUCCCGUUUUUGUUAAUCAAAAGUGAAUCAGUGCAUAAGGACAUAGGGAAAUAAGCGAUGCUUCUUUCUCAAAAGUGUAACGUCAUCUAAUUGCCUUUUCUGUUAUGAAACUUGAGUUUGUAACGGUGUAAGCAUGAUAAGGUAAAACUCGUCGAAAAAAGUUUUCAGCAGUUUAAAUAAUUGGGAUCGUAUACCAAACGCCAAUACAAUACAAGUUGAAGAAUACUUUACUUUAGAGGAUGAUGAUUAAGAAUCGGUGCUGAUUCAUUUGGCAUCAUCAACUUCUAAGUUUACGGUGUUUUCUUUUUAAUUUUCAAUCUUUUUUUUUAUAGCUCUGUGUAAAUUAUAUGUAGAAAAAUGAGUAUAAGUAGUUUGAUUAGUUACCAGGCUAUACAUGUAAAUAAAACACUGAAAGAGCAGAAUGUGUUUCAACAUUUAUUUUAUCCUCCGUACAUGGUUACCAGGCUAUACAUGUAAAUAAAAUACUGAAAGAGCAGAA